CCGGGUCGGUGUGGGGUGCGGGUCAGGCCGGGGCAGCGGGUUCUCGCCAGGCCGCGGCCGGCCCCGCCCUCUCCUGACCUGCCCUCACCCCGGGAGGAGCACCCCUUGCCCCCUGCAGCCGCCGCUAACUUUGUUCUUUCCCCACACAAGGCUCCACUCGGGGACCCCGGCCCCUGGGGGAGCAGCGUGAGGGCCGGCGGCGAGGGGGGUGGGUGGGGGGCGGAAGUGGCAAGACCCAGAGCAACAGGAAAUGACUUAGGGAAAGUCCCAACCGCAGCCCCCCAGCCCCCGGUCAACAUCCCCACCCCGCAGGCUGGGGGAGGGCCUGCCGGGGGCCCCACCGACCGACUUCCCCUUGCAGAACCCAGCGGGUGCCGCGUCUCUGUCGGGGCCACCAUCACCUUGGACCAGCAUGUUCCAGGCUGCGGGAGCCGCCCAGACCACCCCGUCUCACGAAGCCAAAGGCAGCGGUGGCAGCAGCACCGUGCAACGCUCUAAGUCCUUCAGCCUGCGGGCCCAGGUGAAGGAGACCUGCUCAGCUUGCCAGAAGACAGUGUACCCCAUGGAACGGCUGGUGGCAGACAAGCUUGUUUUCCACAACUCUUGCUUCUGCUGCAAACACUGCCACACCAAGCUCAGCCUGGGCAGCUACGCGGCGCUGCAUGGCGAGUUUUACUGCAAACCCCACUUUCAGCAGCUCUUUAAGAGCAAAGGCAACUACGAUGAGGGGUUUGGCCGCAAACAGCACAAGGAGCUCUGGGCCCACAAGGAGGUGGACCUGGGCACCAAGACAGCCUGAGCCCCUUCUGCCCCUCCACUCCCUCCGUAGUAGAGGGCCUGGAGCUGGCCAGCGGGAAGAAGGGUGGGAAAGGGGUUGAUCUGGGCUGGGAGGUGGGGCAGGGUGGGAAGGAGGCAAGGCUAGCUGAGGCCGAGUUCCAGGCACAGGGCUCUCUGCCCCAGAAUUCCUUCCUUCCUUCCUCAGUGGGUGGGAAUUUGGGAACCAGGACUGGGUUUGCUGGCCACCCUCCUUCCUGCUAUCGUCAACCCACCCCCACCUUACCCGUGGCCCCCCGGGAGGCCAAGCCCAGCUUCCCUAUCUAGGUGCCUUUUCUCCAGCAAGGAGUCCGCAUGCUACCCCCCCUCAGGGUCCCAAGCUCCCUCACUGCCACCUGGGCCUUUUGUGGGCCCCAAGUCUACCCAUCUACCUCUGCCCUUAGCCUGGUCCUGAGCCACCGAGACUGGGAGGAGAGCAAGAGUGCCACCUGCUGGGCAUCACGGGGCCACCAAGGUGGUGGGGGAGGGGAUGGGGAAGUGACAAAGCAGGGCCUGCUGCUUUGGGACUCCCAUGCACCACAAAGUUAAAAGCCACCAGGCUAAAGCCUCAGUGACCAGCGGGGGAAUUGUCCCCCAAUCUUCUCCAUUGUUUCUGUCAUUCUGUUGUGACCGACCCUAUUUUAAACAUGUUUAAACAGA